UUAGAAAGUAUCUUUUUCCUGGUUGCUAACCUGACAGAAACGACGAGACAUAUUCAACAUAUCAACAAUCCAGCGAUCAGGACUAAUUUUAAAGGAGCUAUAUGAUCACCACGAAACUCGUCUAGAUAUCAACACCCAUUUGAAGUGGAAUACGUAUGCGUGCACCCGUUUUUGCAGCAGCACAUGAAGGUUGGCGGCUGUGGUAGCGGAGGCGCUGGUGACGACGACGGAGAAAGCGACCGGUCGUAAUUAUUCCUUGUGGUGUGUAUAAUAAAGCCUUUGAUUGUUCUUUGCGACGGUGCUAAAUCGUGGCGGUGCCCGGCGUGCAUGCGAAACCAGACGACGAUUUGGACACGUAGCCAAAUAACUGCUCGACCGGUAGAAUGCGAGUGACAAAUAUACGAGGCGGUCGGAUCUUCCGCAUCGCGGUCGGUCUGACGAUCGUAAUUAUGAUAUUAUACAUGAUAGCGACCUGGUCGGGAGUUGAUCAGCACACAGUGAAGGACGUGUACAAUGCACGGUUCGCAGCGAAGCGCGGUGAUGGCGCUGGUCCCGCCGGGGAGGAUCGAAGUCAUCCGAAGGAGGUACCGCAGCUGGUGGAGGGUUUAGGUAAUUUCGAACCAGUGGAGAAACCCACACCGGAGGGACCGGGCGAAGGUGGCAAGUCUUACGUGCUGCCCGAGGACCAGCAGAAUCGUGCCACCGAUGCUGAGAUGGAAUACGGCAUGAAUAUCGUUGUGUCAGAUGCGAUUUCCUUAGAUCGCACGAUCAAGGACACGAGGUUGGAGGAGUGCAAGCAUUGGGACUACCCUUACAAUUUACCCCGCACGAGUGUUAUCAUAGUCUUCCACAACGAGGGCUUCAGUGUGCUAAUGCGCACCGUGCACUCCGUGUUGAAUCGCUCCCCGAAGCAUUUGCUUCACGAAAUCAUCCUUGUGGACGACUAUUCGGACAAGGAGGAUUUAAAGUCCAAGCUAGAGCGUUACAUAGAGCGUUUUGGCGGUAUGGUGCGGCUGAUACGAAACAGCGAACGGGAAGGUUUGAUUCGAACGCGUUCACGUGGCGCCAAGGAGGCGACCGGGGAGGUGAUCGUUUACCUGGACGCUCACUGCGAAGUCAACACAAACUGGUUGCCACCGCUUCUUGCACCUAUUCAUCGCGAUCGCACAGUCAUGACCGUACCGAUCAUCGACGGUAUCGAUCACAAGACGUUCGAGUAUCGACCUGUCUACGCAGACGGGCAUCACUACCGAGGCAUCUUCGAGUGGGGUAUGCUGUACAAAGAAAACGAGGUGCCGCGUAGGGAGCAGAAGCGCCGCAAGCACGACAGUGAGCCGUAUCGCAGCCCAACACAUGCGGGCGGACUCUUCGCGAUUAAUCGCCGUUUCUUCCUGGAGCUCGGUGCCUAUGAUUCCGGUCUGCUUGUUUGGGGUGGUGAGAACUUCGAGUUGAGCUUUAAAAUUUGGCAGUGCGGCGGCAGUAUCGAAUGGGUGCCUUGCUCACGAGUGGGGCAUGUGUAUCGCGGGUUUAUGCCGUACAAUUUUGGUAAACUAGCGAGCAAGAAGAAGGGCCCACUGAUCACAAUCAACUACAAGCGGGUAAUAGAAACGUGGUUCGACGGACCUUACAAGGAGUACUUUUACACGCGAGAACCACUCGCCCGUUUCCUCGACAUGGGCGACAUAAGUGAGCAAUUAGCACUGAAGGAACGGCUGCAGUGCAAAAGUUUUCAGUGGUACAUGGAUAACGUUGCUUACGAUGUGCUGGACAAGUAUCCGAUGCUACCGGCAAACGUAAAAUGGGGCGAACUUCACAACGUCGGUAAGGAUAUGUGCGUUGACGCGCUCGGUCGCCAACCACCGGCCGUAAUCGGACUGCAGCCGUGUCAUGGUCAGGGUCACAAUCAGCUCAUCCGGCUGAAUGGUGCAGGUCAGCUCGGUGUCGGCGAACGAUGCAUUGAAGCAUACAACGCCGAGAUAAAGCUUGCCUUCUGUCGCCUCGGUACUGUCGAUGGACCCUGGCAGUACGAUGAGCAUUCCGGCACACUGCUGCAUCGAACGCACAAGAAAUGUAUGGGCUAUCAGCCCCAAUCCCGCCAGUUAGCGCUGAUGCCUUGCGACAUGAACAACGCGUACCAAUCAUGGAAGUUUCAGGAAAUUCAGCCACACUGGUAAUGGCGGCAGAGCUUUAGGGCUUUCUUAACUUUUUUUGGAAAAUGAGUUCUCAAUAUCGACGAGAACGAAAUAAUCCUACAAACUUCCGCUAUUUUGGACUGACCCUACCAUCCGUUCCCGUCAUCGCUGCAAGUUGUAGAUCAAUCAAUUGGGGGUUAUUGUUUAGUUAAAACAUCUUUUUCUGAAGAUCCAAACACACAUUCUCACGCUAGGAAAAAAGUGUUACAAAAAAUAGGUUGCAAUUGUGUGAAUAUGUUGCUGCUAGGUAAAAGGAUAAUGUCGAUAAACAAUGGUUAAUAAUGGUAGGUACAGUUUUGAUGAUUUUGGUAGUGUCUUCAACGUAUAUUCAGUUGUUUUAAAAUCAGGGUCUAGGGUUUGUUUUACGUAAGCAAGCUGAUAUAAUUGCUCUACUUGUGUUUGUGUUUGUUAAACGCGAGGCAAUUCAAAUGGAAAAAAGGCAGUGAAGACAUACGUUUCCGAUCGAUUCGAUGGUGUACUGCAGAAUGAAAAUAGUGAGAAUUUAUUAUACAAUUAGUGAUACUUGAAUAGACAACAUCAUCUCGGUGUGAGAGAUGCAAAAAAGCGUUGAAUAAAACAGAAAAAUUCCAUUAUGAAUUAAAAAAAGUUUUGAAAUAUGAUUAAAAACAAGUGAUCUCGUACCACUGCACCUUUGGUGGAUAUGUUUAGGAUUUUCAUAACAGAUUGAAGCGUCUGCGUCCGGAUAAUGGACGUGUUCUGUAGAACAUUGUAUACAACGCACUGCAACAUUAUAAUUACACACGGUACGAAAGAAGUAUGUUACACAGACUAUGGAGUGACUUAAUAUCAUUACUUACUUUAUUUAAGUUUUUUGCAAUAUCGCUAUGUCAUUAUACGAACACGCCCAUUCCGUGUGAACCAUGCAAACAUUACUGCCAACAUUCUAACGACAAUUAUGUGAAAUUCUUAUAGUCUUAGCCAUAAAGAUACGUUAGGUUUCCCAUUAGAUCAGAUGGAUUAAUUUGACGAUUUUUGUUACAAUCAACGAGUGUUGUGUCCUCAGUGGCAUCGAAAUGUUAUCUAUCAAUGGCGUAUCUAAGCACCGGCUUGGAGGUUGAUCAAAAGAUGGUACCGCGUGCGAUACAUGAGAUAAACCGCAAUAAAGGAUGCAAUCGUAGAAUUCAAUACUAAAGAAAGAAGUGCUGUUAAAAUGAGAGGAAGGGCGGGGAGUUGGGGUGAGUCGCUCAAUUAGGUG